AUAAAGUGAUAUGUCACAAGAACAUGAUUUAGAUGAUUUAGCAGAACAAUAAUUGGCUGAAUAAACUGCUCUAAGUUAGAUUCCAUCAAUUCCAGAUUAGGCUUUACCAACUCGUUAAUAUUUAGAGAAAGCAGUUAUUGAUUAACUUCAUGGUAGAUUAUUAUUAAUAAAAGGUGAAGAUGCUUUAAAGGCAUUAGCAAGGGAGAGACCCAAAAAUCCUAUUGAAUUUUUUUCAUAUUAUUUAAUGACUUAACAUUGUAAUAAGAAGAAAGAAUAACAAGAAUAAUGAAAUUAACUGCAGUAUAAUUGUAUAAUCCCA